UAGUUGUCAUUCGAAUCUUUCAUUACGACGUUUUGCUAUCAUGGCGGCCACCGUCGGCAGGAUUUGUGGGGCUCGACUUUUGAAAAAUUAUGGCUUAGUUGGACCCCAGGUAUGUCAGCUGUCCACAAGUGCUCAAGGAUGGACGAAGAGUAGGAAAUUGCUCCUGUCGACGUUAGGUGUAAUAGGAGGUGGUGCUGGGGCCUUGCUGUUUGCCCUUGAGCAGUCUGUGGAUGCAUCAGGCUCUGAGGCCCAUCCAUACCACCAGCCCUGGAGCCACAAUGGAUGGUUCCAAUCACUUGACCAUGCCAGUGUGCGCCGUGGUUAUGAAGUAUACAAGCAAGUGUGCAAGGCUUGCCAUUCACUACAGUACAUUGCGUUCCGUAACUUGGUGAAUGUGACACAUACUGAGGCAGAAGCUAAGGCUGAGGCUGCUGAGGUAAUGAUCAAGGAUGGUCCUGAUGAGGAAGGAAAUUACUUUGAGAGGCCCGGCAAGCUCUCCGACUACUUCCCCUCGCCAUACCCCAAUGAAAAUGCUGCUAGGGCUGCCAAUAACGGCGCGUACCCGCCGGACCUGUCGCUGAUAGUGCUGGGCCGCAAGGGCGGCGAGGACUACAUCUUCUCUCUGCUGACGGGCUACACGGACCCGCCCGCCGGCGUGCUGCUGCGCGAGGGCCAGAACUACAACCCCUACUUCCCCGGAGGGGCCAUCGCUAUGGCACAAGUACUUUUUGAUGAAGCUGCGGAGUACAGCGACGGUACGCCGGCGACCGCGUCGCAGCUGGCCAAGGACGUGUCCACGUUCCUCCGCUGGUGCUCGGAGCCGGAGCUGGACGACCGCCGUCUGAUGACCAUUAAAGCCAUCGGCAUCUUCUCCACCCUCGCCGCCAUCGUCUACUACUACAAGCGGCACAAAUGGAGCACCCUCAAGUCCAGGAAACUAGCUUACAAACCAGUAUCUAAGAAAUAAAUACCGCUAAAACAAAGAGUAGUAACAAAUUGUACUGUUUUAGACAUUUUUUUUUCUAUAGGCACAAGACGUGUAUUUGUUUAUAAUUAAAUUAAUUUAUUUCAUAAAUACCAAUGUUUAUUUCUUUCCUGGAAAUAUGCAAUCAUGUAGUUAUUGACGUCUGUUACCAUGUUGACCUAACAAGAACUGUUGUGGGAUGUGAUUUUUAUUAUAAAUAUUUAAUGUUAGACAAAUGCCAUCAUUUUAACACAGUCAAAUUAACUUUAAAUUUAGUUAAUGUGCUAAGAACUGUGCUUGUGAUGUUCUAUGGGUUAAACUGAAUCAGUGUACAGUUGAAUAAAUGAGUUAUCCAAAA